AUGCUUGAUAGAGAGAAAGUGAUAAAUAUCCCUGAAUCGAAGACCCAUAUUCAUAGCUUUAGAUUCGUAGCCAUGGAGGAAGGAUGCUCUGAUAUCACAGAGGAUGCACACCGAUGGGAAGGAGAAGAGACGGGUAAGAAGAAUCAGAUUCUUCUUUUAUCUCUUGCUGAGGUUGUUAGUGAUCCUUUUCCCAUACUCAAUGCUGGUGCUCCUUUCCCGAUACUCAAGGUCAAAGCAUUGACUCUUGAUAUAAAUAUUUCAGAGGAGUUUGCUGGCAACUACUUGAAAUCACAAGGCUUUAACGUGAGCAAAUGCUGGAGAUCAAAAGAUGGAGCCUCUUGGAACAAGUGUUGUGAGGAAUUGAAAGCUGAGCAGGUGUCUUCAUUAGUGGAACUUGUGCUUAAAAACACUGAGAAACUAACAAGAUGGUCGUAUUGUUGGAUGAACGUUACCUUAAUUUUAAAAUUGAAGACGUGGUGA